GCGGUAGGGGGCGGAGGCUGCGGCAAGAGCAGCGCCGACGGUGGAGGAGCAGCAGCAGCAGCAGCAGCAGCAGCAGCGCCGCAGCAGCUGCGGCUUCUUUUCCUCCGGGCCUCAGUGGCGGCCUCCGCCGCAGCCGCCGCCACGCUGCGCCCACAGCAGCGCGACCCUCCUCCUCCUCCGCUGCAGCAGCGCAGCAUUGCUCAUAAACUGCACAUAUUUGUGUUCAUCAAUCCUCUUCUUAAAAGCGACAGCAACUUCCAGAGAUUGAGCACCUUCCAGGGUUUGAGCAUCAGUUGGCCUCCUUUGCAAAUGGAAAAGCAAAAUUCAAACGUCAGCCCUCAAGGAGAAAGCCUUGAAUGUGGACCAAAGCCGCCGUCACGCUGAAGCGCCACAGGUAGCCUCGUUCAGGACGGACCCUUCUGGCUUUUGACCAUUUUGCAGUGGAAUACCGGAAACGCGCAAAUCUGGGUUUGAAACUAUGAGCUCGGUAGCAGUGUUAACACCUGAGAGCUUUGCUGAACACCGCAGCGGCUUGAGGGAUGAGGAAACACGAGGUGGUGUCCCAGAGGAUGAGGCCUACAUCCCUACUUACUUGGAAGCUUUCCCUCCACUCCCGGAAAAAGGGACACCUGGGGAAAAGUCCAGUGAGCUUACAGGAGUAUGGAACAAAAUCCGGCCUAUCAAAUCCUCUGUCAUCACCCAGGUGUUUCACGUCCCCCUGGAAGAGCGACGCUACAAGGACAACAGCCAGUUUGGAGAAGGUGAUGAGGCCAAAGUUUGUGUGGAUAUCAUGCAGAAGACUGGGGCUCACAUUGAGCUCUCCUUGGCCAAAGACCAGGGCCUGUCCAUCAUGGUUACAGGCAAACUGGACUCCGUCAUGAAAGCUCGGAAGGAAAUUGUCGCUCGGCUUCAGACCCAGGCUUCAGCUACUGUCACAAUCCCCAAGGAACACCAUCGCUUUGUAAUUGGCAAAAAUGGUGAAAAACUGCAGGAGCUUGAGCUGAAGACAGCCACCAAGAUCAACAUCCCACGGCCUGAGGACCCCAGCAACCAGAUUAAGAUCACUGGCACCAAGGAAGGCAUUGAGAAAGCACGGCAUGAGAUUUUGCUGAUCUCAGCUGAGCAGGAUAAGCGGGCAGUGGAGCGCUUGAACCUGGAGAAGGCCUUUCACCCGUUCAUUGCUGGUGCCUUCAACAAAGUUGUCCAGGAGAUCAUGCAGGAGACAGGGGCACGGAUUAACAUUCCACCACCCAGUGUCAACAAGGAUGAGAUCAUCAUCACUGGAGAAAAGGAGCCUGUCUCGCAAGCCCUCCUGCGUAUCCGCAAGAUCUAUGAGGAUAAGAAGCGCAAGACAACCACAAUCUCUGUGGAGGUGAAGAAGUCCCAGCACAAAUACAUCAUUGGUCCCAAAGGCAACACUCUACAAGAGAUUCUGGAUGCCACUGGGGUUUCGGUGGAGAUGCCGCCCCUGGAAAGCAGUUCGGAAACCAUCAUCCUCCGGGGAGAGCCAGACAAACUUGGCCCAGCUCUGACCCAAGUCUAUGCCAAGGCGAAGAGUGUGAUGGUAGCUGAAGUAACAGCCCCAGCUUGGUUACAUCGUUUUAUAAUCGGAAAAAAAGGACAGAACAUUGGCAGGAUCACCCAACAGCUUCCUAAGGUUCACAUUGAAUUCACUGAUGGUGAUGAGAAGAUCACGCUAGAGGGACCUACUGAAGAGGUGGAGUUGGCUCAGGCUCAGAUACAAGAGAUCAUCCGGGACUUGCUCAGUCGCAUGGAUUACACCGAAGUGCUCAUCGAUCAGAGGUUCCACCGUCACUUGAUAGGGAAGAAUGGUGCCAACAUCAAUCGCAUCAAGGAACAACACAAAGUCUCUGUCCGCAUUCCACCUGACAAUGAGAAGAGCAACCUGAUUCGGAUUGAGGGCGAUCCUCAAGGGGUCCAGCUGGCUCGCAAGGAGCUGCUGGAAAUGGCCGCUCGUAUGGAAAAUGAACGCACAAAAGACCUGAUCAUUGAGCAGCGCUUUCACCGGACCAUCAUCGGUCAGAAGGGCGAGAAAAUCAAAGAGAUCCGAGACAAGUUCCCAGAGGUCAUCAUCAACUUCCCUGACCCUUCUCAAAAGAGCGACAUCGUACAAUUGCGUGGGCCCAAGAAUGAGGUGGAGAAGUGUGCCAAGUACCUCCAGAAAGUUAUUGCGGAGCUGAUUGAAAACAGCUUUUCCAUCCCAGUUCCUAUCUUCAAGCAGUUCCACAAGAACAUUAUUGGAAAAGGAGGUGCCAACAUCAAAAAGAUUCGAGAAGAAACCAAUACCAAGAUUGACCUCCCCACAGAAAACAGCAACUCAGAGGUGAUCCUGAUAACUGGGAAGAAGGCCAACUGUGAAGGUGCCCGGGACCGCAUCCUGGCCAUCCAGAGGGAGCUGGCUAACAUAAAAGAAGUAGAUGUGUCUAUACCAGCCAAACUGCACAACUCACUGAUCGGAGCCAAGGGGCGGCUGGUGCGUUCCAUCAUGGAAGAAUGUGGCGGGGUGCACAUCCACUUUCCAUCUGAGGGUUCAGGCAGUGACAAAGUCACCAUCCGAGGGCCUGGCGAGGAGGUUGAGAAAGCCAAACGCCAGCUUUUGCAGCUGGCAGAAGAGAAGCAAAUCAACAACUACUCAGUGGAGCUGCAUGCCAAGCCGGAGUACCACAAGUUUUUGAUUGGGCGUGGAGGUGCUAACAUCCGGAAAGUGAGGGACCGUACUGGGGCCCGCAUUAUCUUCCCCACCCCUGAAGACAAAGACCAGGAGCUCAUCACCAUUGUGGGAAAAGAAGAUGCAGUGUGGCAGGCCCAGCAUGAACUGGAGAAUCUAAUCCGGAAUCUGGACAAUGUCAUCGAAGACUGGAUGAUGGUGGACCCCAAAUAUCACCGUCAUUUUGUGGCACGCCGAGGGCAUGUGCUGCGGGAAAUUGCAGAAGAGUAUGGUGGGGUGACAGUGAGCUUUCCCCGGACUGGUGUCCAAAGUGACAGAGUGAUAUUAAAGGGGGCGAAGGACUGUGUGGAGGCUGCCAAGAGACGCAUUCUGGAGAUCAUCAGUGACCUGGAAGCCCAGGUGGUUUUGGAAUGCAUCAUCCCUCAACGCUUCCACCGUGUGGUGAUGGGAGCCAAAGGUUACAAGGUGCAACAGAUCACUCGGGACCAUGAUGUACUGAUCAAGUUCCCGGAGCGAGAUGACAAUUCAGGUUUGUAUGCUGGGGUUGCCAAAUCGCUUAGUAGUCAGACGCUCAAGGUUUUGCAGACAGGGAACUCACCUUUUCAACUCCUCGCCCUCCAUUUCCCUUGCCUUUUGUCUCCAGGUUCAGAAGCACAGUCUCAGGAAAAUGGCGAUGUGAGUCCUGAGCUGGAUUCCGCCCCCCGCAAAUGUGACACCAUCCUCAUCUCGGGGCGCAAGGAGAAGUGUGAGGCAGCUCGGGCAGCACUGUUGGCUCUGGUUCCCAUCACUGUGGAUGUGGAUGUUCCCUUUGACCUGCACCGCUACAUCAUUGGACAGAAGGGAGCUGGCAUUCGUAAAAUGAUGGAAGAAUAUGAGGUGAAUAUCUCGGUUCCGCAGCCUGAGCAGCAGUCAGACAUCAUCAAGAUCACGGGCCUGGUCCCAAAUGUGGAGCGGGCCAGAGUUGGACUUCUGGAGAGGGUCAAAGAACUGCAAGCUGAGCAGGAAGAUCGGGCCUUGCGAGGCUUCAAGCUGAUGGUGAGUGUGGAACCUAAGUAUCAUCCAAAGAUCAUUGGCAAGAAGGGAGCAGUCAUUUCCCAGAUACGUAAGGACCACGAUGUCACCAUUCAGUUCCCAGACAAAGGGGAUGAGAAUCAGGACCUUAUCACAAUCACUGGGUAUGAGAAGAAUGCUGAGGGAGCCCGGGAUGCCAUCUUGAAGAUCGUGUCUGAUCUUGAGGAGAUGGUCAGUGAGGAUGUCCGCCUGGAUCACCGAGUCCACGCCCGCAUCAUUGGUGGGAGGGGCAAAGCCAUCCGCAAACUCAUGGAAGAGUUCCGGGUGGAUAUCCGCUUCCCUCAGCCGGGCUCUAGUGACCCUGACAGAGUCACGGUAACUGGGCUGCCGGAAAAUGUUGAUGAUGCGAUUGACCACAUGCUAAACUUGGAAGAGGAAUAUAUGAUGGAUGUGGUGGAGACAGAAACUAUGGCUGCGUAUAUGAAGCCUCCCUCCCGUUUGGAAGAGGAGCCUCGGGGCCCCGCUAAGGGCUUUGUGGUGCGCGAUGCCCCCUGGAACGCAUCUGGGAACAAGGCUCCAGAUGUCAGUAGCGCUGAAGAAUUCCCUGUCUUUGGCACUGGCGUGGUCCCCAAACAGACGUCUGUCUGGGGCCCCAAGAAGUACUGAGAUCAGGGUGGCAUGGGUGACCCAAGCCAACUGCCACUUGGGCACGGCUCCAGCCUCCCUCAGGCAUUGUGGCGGUUCUCCUUGCGCCAUCGGAUCCCUAUGGACCUCCUCUUGCUUUCAGGAUGUGGCAGAUUCCUCCUCCUCUUCCACCGAAACACACCCUCCGUCCCUCCCAUGACUCUGUGCAAUCCAUUAACCAGUCAAAAGCCAUAGCCCACCUUUUUUCCUCUUCCUUCUUCCUGUCGAGCCAAAGCAGGCCAGGUUGUAAGCACACAAAUGUUAAGCCAGCCUCUUGUGGCUAGCAUCUUUCCUUUCCCUGUCCCCCCUCCCUCUCUAUGCCAAAUUUCAGGGCAUUAUGAUGAUCUCUUGGCCGGACGUGGCCAUAACACCUCAUUCCCACCUCUCAGCUGAAAAAGGAAUGCGUCAAAGAUCCUUGCUCCCUUCCCUCCCCCAGCUCCCUCCUCUUCCAGGUGUGCGAUGGUUGCAUGCUUUCACACACUCCCAGGAUGGCCAGAGGGCUUGGUUUUUUUUGCAAGAGGGGGGCUCAAAUGUCCAAAGAGGGGCAGAUCAAACCCCCUCUGUUGCCCAAAAGACCGUGCCCCCUUUCUCCCUUCUUCAACUCUCAGCUAGCUGGCCUCCUGGCUACUCAGGCUGCCAGCCCCUUUGGGCUUGCCAACAGUCCCUGGUAUUGACUUUGGAGCAGCACUACUGGGACAAGACUAAACUUGGGCAAGGCCUCAUGUGGUCUGGGAGGGUUUGGGGUGCAGGAGUGAUCUCAGAAUGAGAUUUCGGACUCCCUGUAGCUGGAAGAAAGAAUGCAAAAACGUUAGAAGCAGGUAGCACUUAGAAACUUUGGCAACCGGCAGGCUUGAGUCUGCUCCCUUUCCCUCUUCACGUCCAUAGCACAGUGUAGAGUCUGUGAUUAUUUUUUCUUCUCAUUUUCAGCCUCCCUGGAUUUUUCUUUUUCCUUUUUAGUUACUCUUCCUUCUGUCUUCCUCCCAAGUUGCACUUGCUUUGAAACAUUAGGGGAAAAUAUGCAACAUUGAACAAAGAGACAAAUGCUCUUUGCUUUUUUUGUUCUGUUCUGUUUUGUUUCCGUUCCUUUCCGUUUCUAGUCCUCAUCGUACGUUCCAGAUUUGAAGCUGUGACUUCUGGAGUGAAUGCGUUUGUGUGCGUGUGCGUAUAUGAGAUGGGUAUGCGAGUAAGCAUAGUGGCUCCACCUGUGUAUCCCCGUCCCUUUUUGCCGUGUCUUUGUGACAAGGUAAUCAGAAACAAACUGUAAUGGGGCAACGUAACCAUGUGUUUUGUUUGGUUUUCCUGAAGGCAAGGGUGUGGGGAGACAUACAGAGAACUGACAAAACGAACAAGCAAACAAACAAAAAAUACGGAGAACACUAUUGGCCUUAAAAGAGAACAAAAAACAAGAGGGGAAAAUAAAAGAAACUUAAGUUUGACAAAGGAAAUAUGCAAACUCUGUAGGUCAUGUGGUGACUGUGGACUUUUCUAAUUCCAAAUAAAAAUGGAGUGGAAAACA